GGUCAGAGAGCGCAAUCGGUUUUUCAGAGGUGUUGUUCAGUGAAGCGUAGCUGGGUGGAUUGGUGUGAUAACGUACAUCGAAGAGUGCCUAAUAUUUACCACUGUUGAAAGUAAUUAAAAACUCAAUCACCGUAGGCGAUGCAGAAUUGAUAUAAUCAAAGUGAUCGUGCUUAGGAUAAGCGAAGCUUGCAAGAAAACACAGGAAUCAAAAUAGAAGUUGUGUGACAUAAUCGGAUCGGUAAACGAAGAGCCGAUGUAAAACAAAUAUUGUGAUUGAGUGCGUCUAGCAAGAUCAACAAAAUUAAAGAUUCUGUGAUUUUAUUGAAGUGAGCGAAGCAAACAAACUAUCAACAAUGGAGGAAAGCAACGAAGUGGUGCUGUACAUCUAUGACCUGACACAAGGCAUGGCUGCUAUGAUGUCUCAGAUGCUGCUAGGUCGUCACAUCGAUGGCAUUUGGCACACGGCGGUGGUCGUCUUCGGACGGGAAUACUUCUUUGGAUCCCACGGCAUUACAAGCUGUUUGCCGGGAGCUACAGUGCUCGGGCAACCGUUGCGAAAAGAGGUGAUCGGUCAGACGUUCAUCCCCCAGGCCGUAUUCUCGGAUUACGUACGUGGCCUAGCGGAAAGUACCUUCAGAGGCACCAACUACAAUCUCCUGCAUCACAACUGCAACACCUUCAGCGAAGACCUUUGCCAAUUUCUGUGCGGCAUCGGCAUCCCCAAGUACAUCCUUGACCUUCCACAGGAGUUCCUGUCGACGCCCCUCGGCCAAAGUCUUGCACCGCUCAUUGCCAGUCUCGACUCGGGUGGUGACCCAACGGCCAACUUCCAGCACGAGUCGGACUUCCUACGAGGAGGACCACGUGCGACCAGUCCCGGGUUCGAUCAGCUCAACACCCAGAUCGAGCAGGCUCGUCAACAGUCGCAGGAGCUGAACGAACGGCGGAACAAGAUCCGCGACAAGAUCGACAAGAAGAGCAAAAAGAAAGACAAGAAGUCGAAGCGGGAAAGGGGGCAAGGUUCGGGUGAAGGGUCGGAUCAGAACUCUACCGGGAUGUCCGAAGGGGAGGCAGAAUCCAUGAACGGCAGCAACGGUGUGAAUGGAUCCAUUCCACCGGAGAUGCUUCCGUCAGAGAUGGUGCGCAAGGAGGAGGAGGCCGAACGGUUGGCCGAGGAGGAGCGCAAGAAGAACCGGGAACCACCGAUCAUCUUUAAGGAAGUUGAUCCAAAACUCGAACUUGAAUGUCUGGUCAACCUAGUCGACGGGAAACUCUCAGAGGAAGAGCAAGUAGCGGUGGACGAGUUACAUCAGUAUCUGCUGUUGGGUGAGGGUGCUUGGGCUUUGGGUGACAGCUUCCUAGUAUUCGUUGGACGCAUGCUCCGUGAUAGUUCCCUGUCGACGGAAGUCCGGGUACACUUGCUCCGUGCUCUGGCCAACGCUGCCCUGAAGGACGAUAUCAUUCUGCUGCUACACCAGGACCGGCGAGAUCACGUGUUGAUGAACUUUGCCCAGGACAUUGACCGUCAUCCGCCGGAGGAGCAACAGGCCAUGGCUCUCUUUAUGUGCAACUUGUUCGAGAACGACAACGCUUCCGAAUGGCUGCUGUACAUCUCCGAGUGGCAGUACAGUAACCAGUCGAUUUCGAACAUCCGGGCCACCACCAAAGUAACGGUGCACUGUCUGCUAUCGGCCUGUCCCCGACUGAAGGACCUUGGCACCGCACUGGUCCACAAUCUAGCCUCUAAGGAAGUCAAAACUGUGGUAUUCGACGACGUUGCGGUGGAAAUCUCGAUGGCCCUGCUGCAGUUCUUCAACUCCGAACCCUCAGAGGAGCAUCUCUUCCGGACGAUGAAGGCCCUGUCCAAGUUUGUGAUGGUUUCCCCAGAUGUCCCGCAGUUCAUCCAGAUGAUCGGACCGCACCCCAAGACGAUGCGAGGCAAGAGCGAGCGGAUCAACGAACUGAUUGAUCUGAUUUCCAAAAAGGUUCGCUAACCAUUUUCCCUUCCUCUAUACUACGCCCAAGGCUCGGUUCUUUUAGUUGAGUAGUUGAGAAUUUAGCUGUAGAACCAAAGCGUUACACAAUACAUACAUUUACACACACACAAACCUUAAACACAUAAACCUUAGGCAGUCAGUCAGUACGAUAAGUUGGACAAGGAACGGUGUUCCCCAGAGAAAACGGAUUAAAUUUAAGACGCCAUAUUUAAUUUUUGCCUCCGCCUACCCCUUUCCAACUAAGGCAAUGUGGAGCAUUUGCAUUUUCAUCCAACCACCUCUAUUACUCUAGUGCAAUUUUCUGGCUAAAUUAGUACCAUGUCCGUACCUUUUGCACCAAAUCAGUUUAGUUUCUCCUCGUAGAGAAAUACAUACUCCAAUUGUUAUGACGAAUGAAUAUGAAGAAGAACUGUUUUCGACGCGAUGACAAGUUUUUUUCUUUUAAUUUUUUGGUUGAAACUCGUACUAACGCAUUAUACAAAUAAUAUAUGAUAUUUUUAUUGAAAGUGA